AUGAAAGGCAUUCUGAUAAUCUUCUUUUGUAUCAGUGGCGUUGCUAUUGCUCAACAAUCGACCGAAGAGCAACCGUUGGUCACUGCACCAAUUGGGAAAAUUCGCGGUUCUAUUUUCACCUCUAGACUUGGUAGAAAGAUCUAUUCUUUCCGUGGUAUAAGAUAUGGUGAACCACCUAUUGGACAGCAACGUUUUCAACCUCCAAUCCCAGCGAACGAUUGGCGAAACGUCUUCGAUGCAAGCGAAGAAGGACCCAGUUGCCCUCAUCCCGAUGGCAAGCUGAUAUCAGAAGAUUGUCUACGUUUAAAUGUUUAUACUACUAAA